GCGCAGGGAAACGCAACCCGGACCUGUUGGCCGCACAAAACCGGAUUGAAUAAUCGGCGAUAGGUCCGAAACUUUUCGUUUUGGCAUUGUUAAGUGCAGAUUCAUUUUUCUGGUUUUGGUCUCUUUUUCGCUUCUAUUCUCUUCGGUCAAAAACACACAAACACGCCAUCAAACCAGCCACCAUCCCCAAAGUCGGUACUGGUUGGGUCAGCAUGCGUUAGAUUCUGUACCUUUGCUGUUCGAUUGAUUGAUCCUGUGCUGAAUUAUCGGGUUUGUGGAGAUGGAUUUGGCAUCCAGUUGCAAGGAAAAAUUGGCAUAUUUUCGAAUAAAAGAGCUCAAAGAUGUCCUCACGCAGUUGGGCCUUUCAAAGCAGGGAAAAAAGCAGGAUCUUGUUGAUCGGAUACUAUCUAUGCUCUCAGAUGAUCAAGUAUCCAAAAUGUUUGCCAAGAAGAAUGCUAUUGGAAAAGAACAGGUGGCAAAAUUAGUGGACGACACGUAUAGAAAAAUGCAGAUAUCUGGUGCCACUGACCUUGCAUCAAAGGGACAGGGAGCCUCAGAUAGCAGUAAUGUGAAAAUUAAAGGUGAAAAAGAUGAUUCCUUUCAAUCAGAUACAAAGAUUCGCUGUAUCUGCGGAAGUACAUUGGAUACAGAUCCAUUGGUCAAGUGUGACGAUCCACGAUGCCAUGUGUGGCAGCACAUAAAUUGUGUUAUUGUUCCAGAAAAACCUAUGGAAGGUGUCCUGCCAGUACCUGAUAAAUUUUAUUGUGAACUCUGCAGACUCAGCCGUGCAGACCCGUUUUGGGUUUCAAUGGGACACCCCUUGUUUCCUGUGAAGUUGAGCAUAACAAGUAAUCCAACUGAUGGAUCCAACCCAAUGCAGAGUGUGGAUAGAACAUUUCAAUUGACAAGAGCAGACAAGGACUUGGUAUCAAAACCAGAAUUUGAUAUUCAGGCUUGGUGUAUGCUUCUGAACGACAAGGUUUCAUUCAGGAUGCAGUGGCCACAGUAUACAGACCUACAGGUCAAUGGUGUUCCUGUUCGUGCAAUUAACAGACCUGGUUCACAAUUACUUGGGGCUAAUGGGCGUGAUGAUGGUCCAAUUAUCACGCCAUAUACAAAAGACGGAAUUAAUAAGAUUACCUUAACAGGAUGUGAUGCUCGCAUUUUUUGUGUGGGGGUUCGUAUUGUUAAAAGGCGCAGCAUGCAACAGAUCCUAAACAUAAUUCCAAAGGAACCUGAAGGUGAACAAUUUGAUGAUGCUCUUGCACGAGUUCGUCGUUGUGUUGGAGGUGGAAAUGAAGAUGAUAAUGCUGACAGUGACAGUGAUUUGGAAGUGGUUUCAGACACUUUUAGCAUCAGCCUUCGUUGUCCGAUGAGUGGUUCAAGGAUGAAGAUUGCAGGUAGAUUCAAGCCUUGUAUUCACAUGGGAUGUUUUGAUCUUGAAGUUUUUGUGGAAAUGAACCAAAGGUCAAGGAAGUGGCAGUGCCCAAUAUGUCUCAAAAACUAUGCGUUGGAGAAUAUCAUUAUUGAUCCCUAUUUCAAUCGCAUCACUUCUCGGAUGACAAACUGUGGUGAGGAGGUUACAGAUAUUGAGGUGAAGCCCGAUGGUUCUUGGCGUGUUAAGACCAAGAGUGAAAGUGAGCGCCUGGAGUUGGGGAAUCUUGCACAAUGGCACUUCCCUGACGGGUCCCUCUGUGUUUCGGCUGAUGGAGAAGGCAGAAGAGUGGAAGCUUUGAAGCUGGUCAAACAGGAGGGUGUUUCAGACAGUCCUACUGGCUUAAAGCUUGGCAUUAGGAAGAAUCGCGAUGGACUUUGGGAAGUCAGCAAACCUGAGGACACAAACACCUCUUCUGGUAAUAGAUUGAAAGAGGUAUUUGGAAAUCAUGAAGUGGUUAUUCCAAUGAGCAGUAGUACCACCAACGGAAUUGAGAUGGAUUCUCCAUAUCUCAAUAAUGUUAAUUUAUCAUAUGAUUAUACUGCAAAUAACACUUCUGCUCAGGUAGGUGGUGCAGAAGUUAUUGUUCUUAGUGAUUCUGAAGAAGAUAAUGAUUUAUUGGUAUCUCCUGCAAUUACCUAUAAGAACAACGAAACUGAAGAUGGUUACUCGGUGCCACCGCCUGGAAUUGUUGAUUCGUAUAAUGAAGAGCACACUAAUCUUGGUGGUAAUUCAUGCUUAGGACUUUUCCCUAAUGAUGAUGAUUUUGGUUUGUGGUCCUUACCACCUGGAACUCAGGCUGGCCCAGGAUUCCAAUUAUUUAGUCCUGAUGCAGAUGUGUCAGAUGCAUUGGUGCAUUUGCAGCAUGGUCCUAUGAAUUGCUCAUCUUCAUUGAAUGGUUAUGCAUUGGCUCCGGAUGCUGGUUUGGGGUCUGGUAGUCUUAUACCAGAUUCCUCUGCUGGUCGAUCGGAUGCUGAUUUAAAUGUUGGAUUGGUUGACAAUCCAUUGGCAUUUGGGGGAGAUGACCCCUCGAGAGAUCAGGCAAAUAUAUCUAAUGGUGUCCUAAAUGAGGAUUGGAUAUCUCUUAGUCUUGGUGGUGGUGCUGCUGGUACAAAUGGUGAUGCUUCCACUCAAAAUGGGUUGAAUUCUGGACUUCAAAUCGCACCCAGAGAUCUAGCUAGAGAAGGUGCCGCAAAUACCAAUAUGGAUGAUGCUGCAUCUUUGCUUCUUGGUAUGAAUGAUGCUAGAUCCGACAAGUCAAGUAGACAAAGAUCAGAUAGCCCAUUUUCAUUUCCUCGCCAAAAGCGUUCUGUAAGGCCACGCUUGUAUCUUUCUAUCGACUCAGAUUCUGAAUAAUAGGUAUCAGACCUUGUGUCUCAAGAUAUUUAGGCACUCUCCUUAAUGCCAGAUUUUGUAUUUAGUAAGUGAAGGAAGUUGGGAGGCAUUUUUGAUCCUCAUGAAACAGCGGUUGAUGUCCAAGGCAUCUCUAUUCUGAGGCAUCUCCAUCGGAAUAGAGCUGCAGAUAUGCCCUGCCAACAUAUUUACUUCUACCCUGUUGGCAAAGAUGUUUGCUAUAAAGAUUCUUAAUUCUUUAUGCUUGAUAUUUAAGUUGUCCUUACCACACAUGUUAAUAGAUCAGGCUCAAGCUGUUGUUCUCUUCAAUUUUCAAUGAUGAAUCACUGGGUGGUGGGGGGUUAGGGGGGUAUAGUUCUGGUUUAAUGUACAGUUGAUCAUUCAGAGAUGGUAGUUCAACUUUUUAAUUUGGUGGGGAGUUCCCCAUAGAAACAUUAUAUCUGCAUUUUUCUGUACCAAGAACAAAUAACCUGUAAAUUUUUAGCCUUGAUUCAAUAGUGAAAUCAAAUAUUGUUUCUCAA